AUGGCUCCAAAGAGACUUAUAUUUAAUCUAGAUAGCUCCGGGAGUGAGGAUGAAAGUGACAACAGCAAACGGCUACGACCUCAGCGAACGAAGUACAAAUACAAACCCAAGCCAAAACAACUAGAAAGUGCUGCUAAUAAGUCAGACUCAGAGGACUACAUGGUCAUGGACUUGAAAGAUGAUAGAUAUGGAAAUGGCGAACGAGAGACUAUUGUGACUGAGGCAGUUGCACUUCCUGCAGAAGCAAAAGUCGUAAAGUCCAUGCCAAAAGGAUUUGCUAUGAUGCAGAAGAUGGGGUUUACAAUGGGUGACGGUCUAGGGUUGAAUAGCAACAACGCAUUAAAGGUGCCUAUAACGGUGAGUCGUAGAGCUGGCCGUCAAGGGAUAAAGGAAAGUAGUCAUCCUGAUAUCUUAGUUGAGUCUCACAUAGACACCAACCAUUUUAGAGCAUGGAUACAACAAUCCAAUAAACACAAGGAGAAGAAGAAAGUUUUCAACAGAAUGCAAAAACUGGCUUUCGAGAUGAGCGGAGACGUGGAUACGUUCACGAGCGAGCGAGACCCAAGAGACUUCAACUGUCUUUGGCGACGUUAUAUCAUAGAUUUGCAGACAAAGUGUCAGUCAAGAACUAAAGAGCAUCGCGGAGAAUUUUCUGGCCAAGGAAACAUAAACGUACGUGACAGUAUUCCAGACGUGCAUACAGGUGUCAAAAGAGCGACGAUAAUUGAAAAUGACGACGAAGCCGAAUUACCUAUUAAGUCUGAAACAAAGAAUGAGGAUGUACAAAAAUCAGGGCUAUCAACUUAUCAUGACGAUGAGGAGCUUUCGAUAUUCGAAGAAUUAGAAAUUGAUCAAAAAAUCCUUGGUAUUCACACUUUUAUGAGAGCUGAAUUUUUUUAUUGUUUCUACUGUGGUGUGAAAUACAAGAAUGAAGAUGACAUGUUCCAGCAUUGCCCGGGGCAAUCAAAAGAAGAUCAUGUGUAA